AUGGACCCUUGCGCUGUCCUUCUCGCUGCCUCCUUGCACUACUCGUGUGGAGAGGCCACUGCUCUCCACUCUGCCUCGCUGCACUGCACUUAUUAUGGAGAGGGCUCUCUCCACGCUGCCUCAUGUGGAGAGGCACUGCUCUCCACGCUGCCUCAUGUGGAGACAGCGCUCUCCACGCUGCCUCAUGUGGAGACAGCGCUCUCCACGUUGCCUCAUGUGGAGACAGCGCUCUCCAUGCUGUCUCACGUGGAGACAGCGCUCUCCACUCUGCCUCAUGUGGAGACAGCGCUCUCCACGCUGCCUCAUAGUCUGUUCAGCUCACCCAACACUCCCAUCUUAGAGAACCCUGAGUACCAGACUCGAUGGUACUUCAAGUACUUCCUCGGCAAACUUCACCAGAACUACGUAGGCUGCCUAGGCGAGAAGGUGCCUCUGUUCCUGUCUGUGGUGCUGACCGAUGCCAACAACCAAUGUGUUCCUCAGUACAGGGCCAUCCUGUGGCGGAAGACGGGGGCACAGAAAAUCUGCUUAAGCUACUCGCCUAACAAGCCAAUGACUGUCAAGCAAAUCGUCAGCAACUUCCCUGGUAUGGACAGGCUGGAGAAGGGACCGAAGGAAAUCUUUGCCCCUGAGCUGCAAAAGGACCUGUUGCUGCUGGAGGAGCAGGAGGGAUCAGUUAACUUCAAAUUUGGAGUGCUCUUCAUGCACGCCGGUCAAACUUCCGACGACCAAAUCCUGAGCAACG